CCGCAGGGGCGCAGGCGCUGGGAGCCCUGCAAGUGCCAGGCCUGGAAAUCCUCGAGGGAUGCGUGGGAGGAGCAGGGAGGGCUCAGUGCUGCGCGGGGCCAGGUCAGCAGCUGGGUAGGGCUGGGCUCUCAGCCCAGGACACAGCAGUCUCAGGCUGGCCAGUGUGUGGGCCUGAUCCUGCGUGUGGGACUCACGUGGGGUGCCUGUGGGGCUGAGACAGAGGCAUGGCAGGAAGAACGCCAUUGCCCACAUCACACUGGGCACCCAGUCUCUUCUCUCCAUGUCGGGUGACUACCUUGUAAAAUGGAAAGGCGGGACACAUGCUCCCCUUUCCUCCCCACCGCCCCCUGGAUGAGCCGCCCGUGGCUGUGUCCUGCUCCUGGCCCUAGGCCCCGGGUCCCAUGCACCGCUCUGGCUGGACAGUGCCCCCAGCCCUUGCCCCACUCUCACCCUGACUGUGGGGGCCUCAAGCUCCCUCCAUGCCCCCCACCCCAUAGACAGCCUGCAGGAGCUGUUCUCCACGCUGGCCGGCUGUGUUCCCAGCCACGUGCAUGUGUGCAGGUGGAAAUAUGCAUAUGGGGCCAUCUGGGCCUCGCUCCGGGCAGCCCCAAGCAGUCCCUUGCAGGCUGCAACGCGGCCCACCUGCAAGAGGGAACUUGCCAUUUCCCGAUCCCUGCACGAGGCUGUGAAUCUGGCACCAAUACAGUCCUGGAGUUGUGCAGCUUGGGACCAGGACCUGAUGAUCCCAUUGCGGGACUGUCCGAUCCAACGAGGGAUGGUGGUCCCCCUUUGUCCAAGCCCCCUCCCUGGGCUGGGCAUGUUCCCACAAACCUCUUCCUUCCUAUCUGGGCUCCCAGUGACAUGCUGGCUGACCCACACCAGGCACUGCCCGUUCGGGGCCUGGUAUCUCCCUGUCCAGUGGGUCGAUGCUGCAUCCCUAUGUGACCCCCUGUCCUGCAGGGCCCUGGUGCUGGGAACACUGGUUUAGGGGAAAGGCUCCUGCCUUGCAGGGAGGGAGGAAUUUCAAGGGUCAGGACUGCACCAUUCCCCUCCCCCAGGGCUGUGGUGGGGCUCUGCUCACUCCUGUGUGUGACGGGCUCUGGCCCAGCCUGGGCGGUGCCAGCCAAGGGCCGAGGGCUGUGGAGGUCGAAGCCCCUGAGCACAAAGCUGCCUUUUUGCCAAUGCUGUCAGGUGCGAGUCCUGGGGUAGUGUCUUGCUCCCCUGUGCGGCUAAAUGGGAUCCUUGGUGAGUCGGUCGUCCUUCCUCACAACGCUGCACCUGGAUUCAAACGCAUCACAUGGUUCCCCCCCAAUCCUCUCCACAAUGCAUCCGGCACAGUGGUGCCCUUGGCAGUCAUCAUGCCGCGGAGGCCUGGAGAGCUGCCCCACAUCUCCGUGCCAGACCAGAGGUACAGAGGUAAAGUGAGACUCUUUGACCAGAACUACUCCCUGGAAAUCAGCACCCUGACGAUGCAAGAUGCGGGCGAAUACCGGCUGAGAGAAAACAGAAUGGGAAUUGAUAUAUACUCGUGUUCCUACUUGCUGAAUCUGUACGCGCGUCUGCCGGAGCCGGAGAUCAGCACCCGCCUGACCAGGGAGGUGGACGGCACCUGCAAUGUGACAUUCACCUGCCGCGCUGGGGAGCCUGACCCGCACACCACGUAUACCUGGGCCCACCCAGGAGGAGGUGCCGUGGUCACCCCUGGGAAAUCUCUGCUCGUGCAGCACCAGCCUGGAGAUGAGGACUCACCUGUCACCUGCAUGGCCACAAACCCCGUCAGCAACAGCUCGGCCACGGCCUCCCCAAAGGCGGCUUGUGAAGGCACCGCCCUGGCCCCAUCACUGUCCUAUUGCUGUGCCAAGGGGCUCAUCCUGCUGGGGGUGCUAGCAGUCCUGGUCCCCGGGAUCCUGGCCAUGCACAUGCUCACCAGGAGGAAGCCGAGACAUGCUCAUCAUGAGGAGUCCACCUCAGGAAGGGGGCCAAGAUGAGGGCAGGGGGUUUGCUGGGAGCGCGGGACACACCUCUCUCAAGUGGGUGCUUUUCUCAGCUCCCAAUGGGGGUCCGGGGCUGUUUGGAGUAGGAGUCCUGAUUAAAGGGCUUCCCAACCCCAUCCCAACACGCUGAGCCUCCUGCUUGCCUGGGGCAUCCCCUGAGUAUGCUCAGGCUCUCCAGGCACGUGGCUGUGCCCACGGCAGCUGACAGUAGAGGGAGCGCUGACAAGGAGGCCACACAAUGCAGUGGCGGAGGAUUGGUCUGGACCAAGGAGCUGGGAGCUAGGGUCUAUUCCAGAGCUGCUGCAGGGCCUAGGGCUGCGCUCCCUGCCUCAGUUUCCUCGUAUGCACAUGUGAGAGGGCACGGGAGGUGCUUGGUGGGGCUCUGGGAACACCGGCCCAUGGCCCAGCUGUGCCACUGACCUCCCUGUGCCUGUGGGUCCUCCUGAGUCCCUCUGGGCUUCAGCUCCUUCUGUCCCUAAUCUGGCUCAAGCCUGUCAUGUGCCUACUGGAGUGGGCAAUGGGGUCCCCUCCUCCUCCCUGUCCAGUGCACCCCAGUAUUACCUGCCAUUGCCAACCCGAGAGCAAGCCUGGGUCUUGUCUGCAAGGGGCCGUCAUCCAAAGUCCUGGGGUGAAGGCAAAGCACAGGAGCGCGGGGGCAGCUGCACGGGGGACACAGAGACUGACAUCCACUGCCCGGCUCCAGACACUGGUCAGCUGAGCCCGUUCCCCACAGCCCCGGCCCCGAGUCCUCACAGCUUCCUCUCCAUCCCGCUCUCCCUCCUGCCAGGGCCUCUGGGCACUGCCUGCCCCCAUGGUGACUGGUGGGGGGGGCAGGUUGGGAAGGCUCCAUGUUUCUUGUGGCUAGCCUGGCUUCAGCCCCAUGGGCUCCAUUGGGUGGUGGCAACCAUUUUUACAGAGGGAAGCCCCUUGUGCCACCCUGCCACCUAAGGUUGCCAUCCAUGCUGGAGGAAGUGCAGCGAUGUGAAAGCAGACGGGAGCCAGAGGAUGUCAGAGAAGCAGCCUUCCUCAUGACCCUCCAUCUGGGGAUGAGCCAGAGUGCUGCCAGCCCCGCGGCCUGUGCCCAGAGCCCAGACAAUGCCUGCCUUUGAUACCCCAGAAGGAGCUGUUGAUGCCCCCACAGGGAGCUGGGAUUUGUGACUCCCCCUUACCCAGCUCCAGGGCCACAGACUCCCUCCUGCCUGCACGAAGAGCUGGCCCACUAGGAGAAAAUAUGGGACAUGUCCUUCCCACGGACAUUCUCGCCCCCCCAGUCUCAGACCAUCUCUCCUGGUGCUGGUGAAGGCCCUCGUCCAUCUCCUCCAUCACAGUCAGCACCUCUGCUACCGCUGCACAGAGCAGGAGGAUUGCUUGUCCUGUGGAUGAGUGGCGUGGUGAAGGUGCCCUGCAAGCUUCCAGCUGCCCUCGAUCCCAGCUGGUGACAGCACAUGCUCAGCUGGUGCAGACCACAGCCGGGAGAGGAUCCCAGUGGCAGGACGUGGUGGGCUGGAUCCUGCGCUCCAGGAUCCUGCACUCUCCAGCUCUGUCACCUGGACCCAGGUGGGGACCUAGUAUGGGGUUGGCACGAGGCUGCUGGAGCAGAAUCCGAGCCAUGAAGCAGGCACUGAACAUCCCCUGCCUUCUGCUCCCUGCUUGUGUCUCACAGCCUGAGCAGCACCCCAGACACUCGCAGGGGUGAGGACAGAUCCCUCCUGCUGCCCGCAGCCAGGCCAGCUCCUCCCUAGCGCUAAGACCAAGUGUCUAUGGCUGCAUGUGCACACCACGAGAUUUCCCAUUUAUGGCGCCACAACUGCCUUUGUGUUUGCACGAGCGGGAUUUCCCCUCGGUUUAAAAGUCUUUUGGGUAUGUAAAAGUAAAACUGCUUGGACAUAGUUUAGUUUGUGUCGCCGCUGACUACAUCUUCGCAUCUAUGGACUCGUGACGUGUAAACGCCAAGUGACUCAAAGUCAUGUAAUGGCUUCUGUUUGCCACCAGGUGCACUGCAAUAUUUCUGUAGUUCAGGCCCUUGGUCAGUAGGUACCACUGAUAUUUUGCUGUUCUUCUUUUUCUUUUGGGGUGGGGGGGCUGCUGCUGCUCAUCCCUCCCUCCCUUCCCCUGCCCCAGCAGCUGACUGCAGGCAGCCAGGGCACAUUGUGGGGGGCAUCUGAAUUAGUUACCCUAGCACUUAAUAUAUUAAGAAUACAAAAUGCAGAAUACGUAAUACAGAAAGAAAGAAAUAGAGGAGCAACCCAUAUGGCCAAUUACUGUUGUUUACUACCCUCUGCUAGAGGUCGUGCCCAGACCACCACCAGCGGUCCUGUACAUGCUCCCCCUGUGCCCUCCGCCCACUGCUCCCACUACGGUGGGUCUGAACCGCCGAGCACACCGGCAUCACCAGCAUGGGAAGUUUGCAACUGUUUGGAGUGUGGCACCUCUUCUUAACAUUUUCAUAUUUCAUCAGUAACCUUCCUAUUUCUUAUAAAUUGCCAUUGCCAUUCCAGAAGCACGAUGAAUAGUGCAGGCGGAUGCUGCACGCUAGACCCAUCCCCAAGAUGUGCAGCCUCCUGGGUGAUAUGUAGGUAAUAUCAAAAAUGUCCCAUAAAGCCUGUGUGGAGCAGGGUGUGGGGAGUGGUAGUGGGGUGGCAGUGUCAAAAUGGUGAUGUUUGGACUGUGGUUCAAAACCCCAUCCUCCUCUUCUUUCUUCCCCUCCUUGCAGAAGACUUUCAAGAUCAGAAAUUGAAAAGCAUGAAUAAGGAAAGCACCAAGAAUCCACACCCACCAGUAGAAGCAAGUUAUUUAGCAGUAGUGUACUAGUUAAAAAGUGUAUAAUGUAUGUAAUAAGUAGUAUAUAGUGCAGGGGUCAGCAACCCCUGGCACAUGUGCCAAGCAUAGCACGUAAGGACAUUUUGCUCAACACGCCACCACCAACCCGGGCUCUCAGCAGCUGCUGCCAGCCAUGGAGCCCAGGCUGCUCCCAGCAGGCAGCUGGGAGGCUGCAAGCCCUGCUGCAAGCAGACUGGGCUCCUUGGGCCGGCUGCAGCCGGGAGGCUGCAAACAGCUGCUCUGGGCUCCGGCAUCUCACCACUCUGGCACCUUCCAAGGUAGACAUUGUGGUUUUUUCAGCACUCUGGCCAAAAAACGUUGCCUACCCCUGCUAUAGUGUAUAGUUAAAUAGUACAUAUAUGUAUAUAGUGUAUAGCUAUAGAUAGUAUAUAGAUACUCGUGUAUAGUGUAUAGAUAGUGUUUUAAUAAACAAUGCUGUAUAGAUACAGAGGUGCUGGGGAGGAAAAUCCAAACUAUUUUUCUACUUAUUUUCCAUUUUCCUAUUUUUCUAGUAAUUUAACAAUUUUUAAAAUUUUCUUUAUUUAUUAUCUACAUUUUUUUUAAUGAUGCCUUUUUGAGAAAAAAAAAAUG